AUGAAAUUCUUAAAUAUAUUUUUUGUCAUUUAUUUAUUAAAUUUUGCAUCAAAAAGAUAUGUUGAGGGAGAUUCAUUUUGUAGUAGAAGUGAUUGUUCAAAUCACGGUAAUUGUAUUGGUACUAAAGCAAUUCCAAUUUGCCUUUGUGAUAUAAAUUACAUUGGUUUAAGAUGUGAAAUAUCAUUAGUUGGUGGAUUAAUUGAUUCAACAAUAUCUAAUAAUGAUUUAAAAGUUUGCCAAUCUGAUCAAUGUAACAAUAAAGGAGUAUGUAUUGGAAGUGUAUCAAAAUUUGUUUGUUUAUGUUAUCCUGGAUUUACUGGAAAAACAUGUAGUGAAAAAUCUACUGGCACAAUUAAUGUUGAUUCAUCUGGUUCUGGGCUUACUAUUCCAUGUACUUCAUCAGAUUGUAAUAAUAAUGGUGUAUGUAUUGGAAGUAAAGGAGCUUUUAGUUGUAUUUGUAAAUUAGGAUUUAUAGGAGAUCGUUGUCAAACAGCACCAUAUGCUUUAUGUGAUUCAAAACAAUGUAAUAAUAAUGGAUUAUGUUUAGGAACAAUUGAUUCAUACAUUUGUGCCUGUAAUUUAGGAUAUUCUGGUGAAAAAUGUUCUACUGUUAGUGAAAAUUUAUGUGAUGAGAAAGAUUGUAAUAAUGCAGGAAUAUGUAUGGGUACAAAAAGUAAUUUCAUCUGUCUUUGUAGUAUUGGAUAUAGUGGUAAAAGAUGUGAAAUUAUAAGUGGUACAGGAACACUAUUAGAUACAGCUUUUUGUUCAAUGAAAGAUUGCAAUGGUAAUGGAUUGUGUUUUGGAAGUAAACUUGCACCAGUAUGUUUAUGUAAAUUGGGAUAUCAAGGAUUACGUUGUGAAAUUGAACCUCAAUGCAAUUCAGCUCUACAAUGUAAUAAUAAUGGAAUUUGUAUUGGUACCGCAACAAAUAGAAUUUGUUUAUGUAAUUUAAAUUAUUCAGGUACUAAUUGUCAAACAAAAUUAUUUUAA